GCUGAUAUACAUUUUGUUAUUUACCUACGCAUCGUCGUUGCACAAAUCCGACACGAUUGUCGAAACAAACGACAAGUAAUGGCCCUGCGCGGUAGGUGCGGCAAAUUGGACGUCAAAAAAAGCUCCUACUAUGUCUGGUAUCUCGGGGCGCGGGAGGCCAAGGGGGUCCAAGCCAUGCCCGACGCCAUAGACUAUCUGCUGGAGCGCGAGCGACUCCAGGAGCCCUUCAAGGUCACUCUGCAGGUCAGCAGCAAGGGCUUGAAGAUCAUACAGACGGUGCAUCCGGGCGGCUCGACGAGGCAGGCCGUCAAGCAUCUGGUGCCGGGUCACGCGCUCCUCGCCGCGGUUCAACGCGAGGACGUCGUCGCGGCGACCCUCCUGCUGCCGAAUCCAGCCAGCAACAAUCCCGUACACGUGCACGCUUACAGAUGCGACUCGGUCGAGACGGCGGAGCUGCUCGGCGGCCAGCUCAAGAUCCUGGCGUCGCACAGCGCCGAGAGUCUCGCCGCGCGCGGCUCGCUGGACUCGCGACUGCAGCGAGGCAGCGCCGGUAAUCUGGGCAGCGACGGGCGCAGCACGAGGGAGAGCGAGUCGAGCGAGGGUAGCGGCGAGCACCAGACGAAUCGACACCUGCCACCGAUCCAGUCGACGACCAUCUACGAGUCGCUGGCGGCUGAGCUGAGGGCGAAGCUCGGUCGAGGCAACGCGGCGGCGGACUGCGACGCGGGCCCGAUACUGCUGCCGCCGCGCGAUUACGACACGAUGCACCGGGCGCGCGGCAAUCUCGCCGGUAUCGAGCUGCGACGCUGCCUCAAUCAGACGAUCGUCGGGCCCAACACGCAGACACCGGUGAUAACGGCCGACAACAACAGGCCGACUUUGGCCACGAUGAAUACCGGAGGAGGAGGAGGAACGGGAGGCACGAGGAGCGCGGCGAGCAGCGGCAUCGGCUCGGACAGCGCGGCGACACCGCCGCCCUAUCAGCAUCAUCCUCAUCAUCAUCUCAAUCAUCAUAAUAAUCAUCAUGGCAAUCAUCAUCUGCACCAUCACGGCGGCAGCAGCGGCGCGCUGUGUCCGAGGCCGACCAGGCCGACCAGGGACUCGUCGUCCGACGACGACUGGGGCCACGGCAUCGAGGACACGGAUUACCUGAGCAAUCAUCAUCAUCAUAAUCAUCAUCACGAGCUCAGCCCGAGCACGACCCUCCAGCAUCAGCAUCAUCAGCACGCCGUGGUGAAGCAGAGCGUCAGUCUGCCCCGACUGCCGCGCAGUCCCGAGCGCAGCAAUCACGCGAUGAUACCGUCGACGAAAGCUCAUCAUCAUCUUCACAACAAUCUUCACAACAAUCAUCACAAUCUUCAACAUCAUCAUCGGGGCUCUCCAGGGGGUCCAGCGGUGAUCCUGAGCAACGGCACGCAGCUGCCCCCGAGCAGCCAUCAUCAGGGCGGCGGCCGACUCAGGCGCAGCCUGGCCGAGCACAGGCAGCGCUCGCCGAGUCCGCAGUACCAGCCGCGCCAUCCGGCGCCCAGCGACGUGGUGAGUCCGCGCGAGCGCUUCCACGACGCCAAGGAGAUGUUCCGGCAGAUGGAGCGCGAGGCCAUCGUGACGGGUGGCCGCAACGCCGGUGUCACGGCUACACCGCCUCCCCCGACGACGACGAGGGUCAACGGAAGAAACGAGUCGAGGACGCUGCACAGAUCGGAGCCAGUGACGCGCCAAUUAUCGCACGAGGAGCCGCUACAAGCUCACCCGCAGCAGCAUCAGAUUCUGCAGCGCCAGCCGCCGAGUCGCCAGCAGCAGUUCGUCCAUCAUCAUCAGCAUCAGUCGCCGCUGACGCAGCAGCAUCAGCUGCACCAGACGCCACCCUCGCCCGCCCAGCAGCAGCUCCAUGAGAGGUUGAUCAGACGGGGCGCGAUGCCCCAUCAUCACGUGCCGCCGCCGCCCGAGAGCCCGAUCGAGCCGCCGCUGCAGCCGGAGAUAUCGGCGGAUUUCAGACCGAGAGCGAGGCCUCAGCGCUAUGGUGCGGUGCCUGCGAUGAUACAGGAACGCGAUCCGCAGCAAGAGCAGCAGCAGCAAUCGACGAGCGAGUUGUCGAGACCCAGGCCGAGGAGCUUUUACGAGGUGCCCAUGGCCGCGAGAGAGCUGAGAGGCCCGAGAAAUCCCAUCGAGGCUCGCGAGUACGCCCGAGGUCUAUCCUCGUUGCAGAACAACAACAAUAACAACAGCAACGGCGGUAAGCAGAUUCCGCCGCCGCAACCUCAGCAUCCGGCGCCGCAGCGGCCCAGGCCGUUCACUUACGGCGAGCUGUCCGAGAACGAGCGCUACCCAGGCCUGGAUCGCGACAGCGCGAGAUCCUCCAUGCUCGACUCGAUGAACUCCAAGGCUCAGGUCUCGACCCCGGCGAGAUACCGACACAGCUACGCCGAGCCGCCGAGACUCGGUCUAGCCGCUCUACAUCCGUACUGAGACGAAUCACAUCGUUUUAUAUAUUACAUAUCUGUACAUAUAAUGAACAAAUCGAAGAAGAAUUGUAAUGAGGCGACGUUUCGUGUAGUCAUGUGUAAUGUCAUUUACGAUACGUAAUGUGUGUAAAGCUCUCGCGUGCGCAAUUCGUCUGCCGAUCGUCGUCUCUAUCCUCUCUGUCUCUCUUUCUUAUGGAGUAACACAGGCCGCAUUAUCGGGGCGCCGGUGUGUAAAGCACUUCCGUUUAUACUCGAGAGCUGUGUUUAUAUCGAUGAUGAUGAUGAUGAUCAUCAUCAUUGGCAGCAGCAGCAGCAGCAGCAGCACAACACUGCAGCCGCGAGUAUAUAAAAAGGAAGGACUUUCCAGUCCACGUCGUAGUUGUUUUUUUUCCCUCUUCUUUCUUCUUUUACUGCUGCACGCGAGACCGACUUACGGAUUGCGGUAACCGAUCUAUUUUUCUUUUCGUUCCUUUUUGCGGAUGUCGGUGAUCGAAUCUUGCACUUGUAUACAUGCCGCGCGCAAGCCACUAAUUAUAUAAUUAUUCGCUUAUACGGUCGGGGUUUUAGAAAGAGAGUAAGAGAGAGAGAGAGAGAGAGAAAGAAAGAGAAAAAAACAACAACAACCGAUCGGUGGAGAAACGCACACCGCUUAGCGCAGUCGUCGUUGUUGUUCUUGUUUGUUAAAAUGCAGCUUCGAGCGAGUAUGUAUGGUGUGUACCUGUAUCGAUUGGCUACAUGUUAUUAAAAGGCAGAUCGUUACAAGCUUUUAUAACGUAUAUAGAAACUUUUAAUCCGCUGCGCUUAUUUGUAAAAUCCUUGGCUGUUCGCUGUACAUUUGCAUUGUAAAUGUAUGAAAUUUUGUUCGAGCAUUUAUACAUGAUCAUACAUUACGAGACUCCAAUAAUUUUACGAAACUUGUCCUUUCUAAAAAAAAAGAAGUUUAUCAAGUACAAAUACGUUGAUCAUCGAAAAAUAGUCUAAAAUGUUGUUUUGAUAUGCUGUUGUUAAUGAUUACGAAAAAGUAAAAAUAGUAAUCGAACGAUUAUACAAAAAAUGAAAAAAUGAGUCCUUACU